UUUUUUUAAAUUUCAAAGCAAGGUUUUAUAGAUAGAAAAAUAAAUCGAAAUGGAAAAAUUAUGGCGGUGUGUUCUGUUCUUAGGGAUUACGUUUUAUGUGAUGGUUUCGGUUAUUACUGCUCCUGCAAAUACAUACUCACGUGGGCCGCAAUACACAAUCAGUCCAUCCAAUGAUAACAAGCAGCCAUACAUCGAGGUGAAAAACGCGACAUACCAUGGGAGUGGUCCCAGAGAAGAAGCCCGUGCUAUGUGCUCUGUCAAGACUCAAGAGGUCAACGCUACAGCCAACGCUACUAUUACCAGGAGACUGCAUGGAGUAGUUACAUCGAGAGAACUCCAUUCAUCAAUACAGCGAUUGGAAGUGAUCAUCUACGGGCAGAUGCAGCAACUAUGGCAGAGUCUGGACGCUCUACGUACACAAAUUGCAGGCAGCGCGCGAGUGUCGUACCCGGACCGUCGCAGUGUCAGCUUUCGAUAUAGACCUAAUGCAUUAUGAAUAAAAACUAGACUGCUACAUAUAACAAUAAGUGCCAUAUCUCACUAGGACACCAGUGGUGGCGCAACCAGGUCGCGCUA